AUGGAGGGCAUCAACAACAGCAACAAGCAAACACAUGGACCCACCGCGCUGACAAAAGCUGUCUACGGGCUUCACUCCCGCACCGUAGCUGUCCUGCUCAAGCACCGUACUAUCAUAAUAAACGCCACCAAUAAGUUGAGGGCAACACCAAUAGCCUAUGCAACGGAGUUUCCUGAGAUUGUCAAGCUCCUUCUUGACGCUGGGGCCACUGUGACGGGUACUAUGCAACAUUGGGAUCCAAGGGAUCCAACAGCCGAGCAAAAGACAAACUACGCGCUUACCAUGGCAGUCGAGUGCAAUCACAAGGCCGCCGCCAAGAUGCUGAUUGCCCGUCGUCCAGAGGCUAUUAACUAUACUAACAAGCUGGGAAUUACACCACUAGCAGCUGCGGCUCGAGCGCAGCGCAAGGACCUUGUGGAGAUGUUAAUCAAAGCUGGUGCUGAUGUUAAUUAG